AUGGCUGGGCAUUAUCUGCACCAAGCGCCCCGCGGCGUGAAUGCAUUCAACGACAAACCUCAAUUCUCAGGCUUCAUGAAGCCGUGCCGUUACGAAGGCGAAGUCCAAAACCUGGAGGUGUUUGGAGAAAUCCCCAAGGAGGUCGAUGGCACUUUUUAUCGAGUGAUGCCUGAUCCGCAGUUCGCUCCGUUCAUCGAGGAUGAUCCAUGGUUCAACGGCGACGGCAAUAUCAGCGCCUUCCGGAUCCACAAUGGCCGCGUCCAUUUCAAGCAGCGCUAUGUCCGGACCGAGAAGUUCGUGCGCGAGCGCGAGGCCGGCCGUGCACUCCUUGGCAAGUAUCGUAACAAGUACACAGACGCAGUGGAAUUUCUGGUCCGCAGCACAGCGAACACCAACAUUUUCUACUUCAACGGAAAGCUGCUAGCGUGCAAGGAGGAUGCUCCCCCGUACCUUCUCAACCCUCGUACCUUGGAGACGAUUGGGCUGUAUGACUUCGAAGGGCAGCUGCCGAGCAUGACGUUCACUGCACAUCCCAAAGUCGAUCCUGAUUCUGGAGAACUGAUCGGUAUGGGCUACGAAGCGAAGGGCGACGGCACCCCGGAUGUAUGCUACUUCACGGUCUCGCCUGACGGCAAGUUCACUGAGACUGUUUGGCUUGUGGCGCCGGUUUGCGGCAUGAUUCACGAUUUUGCUGUUACCGAGAAUUGGGUCCUGUUUCCUAUCAUUCCCCAAAUCUCCAACCUUGAAAGGAUGAAGAAAGGUGGUGACCAUUGGGGAUGGCGCUCGGAUGUUCCAUUCUAUCUUGGAGUUCUGCCUCGACGCGGCGCGAAGGGGUCCGAUGUCAAAUGGUUCCGCGCCCCCAACGCCUUCCCGGGCCACACCUCCAACGCCUACGAAGACCCUCGCACGGGCGCCCUCAUCUUCGACCUCCCCAUCUCCGACAAAAACGGCUUCUUCUGGUGGCCCGAAGACGACGGCUCGGCCCCCCACCCCUCCGAGAUCACCAGCCACAUGAUGCGCUUCACGCUGGACCCACACUCCACCAACCUCGACCUCGCUGCCCCCACGCAACUCUCCCCGUUCAACUGCGAGUUCCCGCGCAUCGACGAUCGGAAGUCCAUGAAGGACUACUCGCAUUGCUUCAUGCCGAUGCUGGAUGUGGCGCUGGGCACGGACAUGCCGGCCAUCGCGCCGCUGAUGGGCGGGGGAGCGCCGUUUUAUAAUGCGAUGGCGCGGCUGAAUGUGAAGACCGGGGAUGCGAGCGUGUAUUUUCCCGGGCCGAAGCACGCGGUGCAGGAGCCGGUGUAUAUUCCGAAGGAAGGGGCGGCGGAGGAAGGGGACGGGUACGUGCUGUUCUUGGUGAACAACUACGGGGAGAUGACUAGCGAGCUGCACUUGGUGGAUACGGCGGAUUUCAGCAAGCCGCAGGCGAUUAUCAAGUUGCCGUUGAAGUUGCGGGCGGGGUUGCAUGGGAACUGGGUCCCCAAGCAGGAGUUGGAUCUUGUGGCCUAG